AUUGUCGAAGGGAAAGGGGAAGCGGCGCUUACAAGAGCUAUGCUCCAGUCCAAAUUUCGCAACCCUGUUGAGCUUGUUGGGCACUCCCUUUAUGUCUCUGUAACAAUGAUGACGGAUUCAGGCAGCGACAUGGUGGUGGCAGAGAAAAGUGAUAUUAGCAUUGUGACAUCUCCCUAUCAGAUCCACUUCACCAAAACCCCCAAGUACUUCAAGCCAGCGAUGCCCUAUAGACUGAUGCACUCUGCCUUCCCUGUGGUGUCAGAGCCUCUUGCAGGAAAUGCAGUAACACAGAAUGACGGGAUUGCCAAGCUAGUCCUGAAUAUGCCAGGAAAUGCGCAAGAGCUAAGGAUCACUGUAAAAACCAACCAUGAACGACUCCCAAAAGAACGGCAGGCAACCAACAGCAUGGUGGCUAGAGCUUACCAAACCCAGGCAGGAUCUGGAAACUACCUGCAUUUAGCAGUCUCUGCUACAGAGCUCAAGGCUGGGGAUGAUUUAGAUAUUAAUUUCAAUUUGAGAAGCAACAACCAAGAAGUGCUGAACGGAGUCACAUAUUUAACCUACAUAAUCUUAACUAAAGGGAAGAUACUGAGGGCUGGGAGGCAGCCGAGGCGAGCUGGACAGAAUCUGGUCACCAUGUCUCUGCGCAUCACCCCAGAUCUCAUCCCUUCAUUCCGUGUUUUGGCUUAUUACCCAGUGGGGAACAAUGAGAUCGUGGCCGACUCUGUCUGGGUGGACGUGAAGGACACCUGUAUGGGAACGCUGAUUGUGAAAGGAGCAACUGAGGCUGACGAACAAAUCCAGGAGCCAAGCGCUCCAAUGGAAAUCAAAGUGGAAGGAGAUGCAAAUGCUACAGUUGGUCUUGUGGUUGUGGACAAAGGGGUUUAUGUCCUAAACAAAAAAUAUAAACUUACCCAAAGUAAGAUCUGGAACACAGUAGAAAAGAACGAUAUUGGCUGCACAGCUGGCAGUGGCGUGAACAAUCUGGGUGUGUUCGAAGAUGCUGGCCUCACCCUGGAGACCAGUAAUAAGCUCUCCACAAAACAAAGAUCAGAUGCCAAAUGCCCCCAAGCUGCGAGGCGGAGACGGCGCCGCUCUGUCCAACUCAUUGAGUCGAAGGCAAGCAAAGUGGCUCAAUAUCAGGAUCAGAGGCUAAGAAAGUGCUGUGAAGAUGGCUUGCAUGAGAAUCCCAUGGGGCACACCUGUGAAAAGCGUGCAGAAUACAUUGAGGAUCAGAAUGAGUGCCGGGCUGCCUUCCUUGAAUGUUGCCGCUACAUCAAAGGCAUACGGGAUGCAAAUCGACGGGAGGAUGAACUUAUCUUGGCCAGAAGUGACUUUGAGGAUGAAUAUUCUCCUGAUGAACACAUUGUCUCCAGGACUGAGUUUCCAGAGAGCUGGCUGUGGGAAACAAGAAUGCUGAAUGGGACACCAAAUGAUGAAGGGAUCUCAUCUAAAAUAGUGCGUUUUUCCCUGAAAGAUUCUAUCACAACCUGGGAGGUGCUGGCUGUGAGCAUUUCCAAAACAAAAGGUAUCUGUGUGGCUGAGCCUUAUGAAAUAAAGGUAAUGAAGAAAUUCUUUAUUGAUCUGCGGGUGCCUUACUCGGUGGUGAGGAAUGAGCAGGUGGAGAUUCGGGCUGUUCUCUACAACUAUGGGAAUCAGGAUAUCAGGGUGCGGGUGGAGCUGAUGCACAACCCCGCCUUCUGCAGCUUUUCCACUGCCAAGCAACGCUACCGACAGAUGUUUAGAAUUCAAAAGCAGUCAUCCUGGGCAAUGCCAAUAGUGGUUGUCCCACUGGAAGUGGGGAUCCAUGACAUUGAGGUCAAAGCAGCUGUCUGGGGUGUGAUGGUGUCUGAUGGUGUGAAGAAGAAGCUGAAGGUUGUGCCUGAAGGAAUGCAGAGCAUCGUGAAGGUUACAGUGUCAUCUUACAGAUUCUUUCAGAUACGGGAGUACUUUUUCAUGGGUACAAGGAUGCUUUCCUUCAUGUACCCUUGUGGAGUUCAGGAAACAAAUGUCACAGCCAAGGAUUUAAGUGAUAUUGUUCCUGACACAAAACCAGAGAUCCAAAUUCGUGUCCAAGGUGACCCUGUGGCUCAGAUUGUUGAAGACUCAAUUGAUGGGACCAAUCUGAAACAUCUCAUCAUAACCCCUUCUGGCUGUGGGGAGCAAAAUAUGAUCACCAUGACACCAUCAGUUAUCGCCACCCACUACCUUGACACCACAGGCCAAUGGGAGAAGAUUGGAGUGGAUCGCAGAGCUGUUGCAGUCAACCAGAUCAAGCAAGGUUAUGCCCAGCAGUUGGCAUUUAAGAAAACAGAUCAUUCAUAUGCUGCAUUUCCAGAUCGCAAGUCUAGUACUUGGUAAAUUGUAGAUACCAUUAGCACUGACGUCCUCUGUGGAGGAGUAAAGUGGCUGAUUCUGGAGAAGCAAAAACCAGAUUGGGUUUUCCAAGAAGAUGCCCCUGUGAUCCACGGAGAGAUGCUGGGAGGCUAUGAGGGCGCUGAACCAGAGGUGUCAUUAACAGCUUUUGUCCUGGUUGCUCUGCUGGAGUCCAAAGAGAUUUGCGGCAAAUACAUCAACAGUCUGGACAACAGCAUCAACAAAACUGCUACCUAUUUAGCUAAAAAAUAUGAUACCUUGCGAAGACCUUACACUAUAGCUCUCACAGCCUAUGCUUUGGCCCUUGAAGGGCGGUUGAAUGAUGACCGGGUUCUCAUGGCAGCAUCAACAGGUGGGAAUCAUUGGGAAGAAAAUGGUGCUCACACCUACAACAUCGAAGGUACCUCCUAUGGCUUGCUGGCUUUGUUGAAAAUGAAGAAAUUCGAGGCUACUGGUCCCAUAGUCGAAUGGCUGGUAGCGCAGAAGUAUUAUGGGGGAACAUAUGGCCAAACUCAGGCGACCAUCAUGGUAUUCCAAGCACUUGCUCAGUAUGAAAUCGACAUUCGUACUCAUAAGGACCUGAACUUGGAUGUUUCUAUCCAGUUGCCAGAGCGUGAGGAAGCCAUUCGUUACAGGAUUAACUACGGUUCUGCUCUCCUGUCCCGAACAGCAGAGACUAAGCUCAAUCAAAAUUUCACCGUGGUAGCAUCAGGCCAAGGAAAAGCCACAAUGACGGUUCUAACAGUAUACAAUGCCAAGAUGCAAGAAAAUGCCGUUCCAUGCAAGAGAUUCAAUCUUAACGUCGCUGUUGAAACUCUUCAGUUGAAUCAGAAGCAACUCAAGGGAGCCUUGGGGGCUGUCAAAAUCAAAAUCUGCACCAGGUAUCUUGGUGAGGUUGAUGCCACAAUGACAAUCAUUGAUGUUUCCAUGCUCACUGGUUUUGCCCCUGAUACUGAUGACCUUAAGAGGCUUUCUGAGGGAGUCGACAGAUACAUCUCCAAGUUUGAAGUUAACCAAGUUAUGAGUGAAAGAGGGAACCUCAUCAUUUACUUGGACAAGGUCUCUCACAGGGAGGAUGAAUGCAUACAGUUUAAAGCUUUGAAGUAUUUUGAAGUUGGUCUCGUACAGCCAGGAUCAGUCAAGAUGUACAACUAUUAUAAUCUAGAUGAGCAGUGCACCAAAUUCUACCAUCCAUCCAAAGAAAGUGGCCUGCUGAGUAAGAUAUGCCACGGUGAUGUUUGCCGCUGUGCAGAAGAAAGCUGCUCCUUGCUCAACAAGGUGAAGGAAGACUUUAAUCUACAAAUGCGAGUUGAUUUCGCCUGCAAGCCAGGAGUAGAUUAUGUGUACAAAACUAAGCUGAUUCGAACAGAAGAAGAAAAUGGUUUUGACAACUAUUUCAUGAUAAUUCUGGACGUUAUUAAAGCAGGAAGUGACACAAAUCCAGCAGACAGUCCCCGCAUGUUUAUCAGUCAAAUGAAAUGCAGAGAAUCCCUCCACCUGCAGGAGAACAAGGACUAUCUGAUCUGGGGUCUCAGCGCUGAUAUGUGGCCAACAAAGAAUACUGUCAACUAUUUGAUCAGCAAGGAUACCUGGAUUGAGAGAUGGCCAGAUGAUGAUGAAUGCCAAGAGGAAGAAUUCGAGAACUUGUGUAAUGACCUCAUCCAGUUUUCCAAUAUAAUGACUGUUUUGGGCUGCCAGACCUGAUGCUGGAAGCAUAAUCGGCAAUGAGUUACAUCACGUGGGUUUUUAAUCUAUUGCUGGGAAGUUAUCUUUUUUUCCCUAAAGUCCU